AUGCCCGAAACAAAACUCAAGACAAAGACCAAGCGGGCGGCCGCUCCGUCUGAGAACUCCCCGAUGAACCAGCAACCGGUCGACGACAUUGACAUGGACGAUGAGACUAGCUCCGAUGAGGAGGAUUUCCCCGAGAAGGACGAGGCUGAGCUGAAGCUGGAGCGCAUGCUCUUUGGUGAUGAUGAAGGUUUCAUGGGCGCAUUGAAGAACCAGCAGGAGCGGGCAGAUGCUAUGCAGCUUACUCUGCACAGUGAUGAAGAGAGCGAUGCUGAGGCUGAGGAAGGCGAAGAAGAUAUUGAAAAUAUGGCGGAUGCAGAUCUCUUUUUCCUCGAUUCAGGUGUUGCAAACACAGAUCUCAUUCCUUCGCCGGAGACUCCGUCAGACGACGAAGACGAGGAGGCUGCUCCCGCAGCCUGGUACGACAGUGACGAUGAGCGCCUUGCCGUCUCCCUCACAAGCCAGGCCAAGCUGCGAAAACUGCGCGUGGCCGAGUCCGAAGAUAUCAUCAGUGGAAAGGAAUACACUCGCCGAUUGCGCAGACAAUUUCAGCGCAUGCACCCCACUCCCGAUUGGGCGAACCCCGAGCUGGCCGCUAUGCACAACGAAAACUCAGACUCCGAUGCCAGCGGGGAGGAAAUGGAUUCCGACGAUGAGAGUGCGCAGUUAUCAAUGCAGCCACUGGCUAAGCUGCUGCAAAACGCCACCGAUCUUACCCGUAUCGACGACAAUACCCGCUCUGGCGCCAAGCGCAAGUUGCGACAGGAAGUCCUGGAUAUCACACGCCUGAAGGAUGUUGGCAAAACGCAGCCGUCCUCCAUUGACUCGCUCAACUUCCACCCUCAUUACCCACUCCUGCUUUCCUCGGGCCCUGCAUCAACUCUCUUCAUGCAUCACAUUUCUCCCUCAGCGCCAUCUCCUAACCCCCUCUUGACCUCCCUGCACAUCAAGCGCACUCCAAUUCACACAUCCGCCUUUGCCCCGCCCACGGGUAACAAGAUUUUCGCAUCCGGUCGACGACGAUACUUCCACAUCUGGGACAUGGACACCGGCAAGGUGGACAAGGUCAACGGAACCGCAGACCGAAGAGAAGAACAAAAGUCCAUGGAGCGCUUCAAGAUCUCCCCAUGCGGCCGCUACGUGGGCCUGGUCGGUACCUCUCGCAAGGGUGGUGGUCUGAUCAACGUCCUCGACGCCAACACCGCCCAAUGGAUCGCGCAAGUGCGCGUCGACGGCCGCGGCGGUGUUGCUGAUUUCGCCUGGUGGUCCGACGGCGAGGGAAUGACCGUUGCAAGCAAGAACGGUGAGGUGUCCGAGUGGGAUGGCCGACUAAACCGUGUCGUGGCUCGCUGGCUCGAUGCCGGUGCUGUCGGUACUACCGUCCUCACUCUGGGUGGCCUCUCGGGCCGCAACACACUUGGUGGAGACCGUUGGGUUGCUAUUGGAAGUUCUAGUGGUAUCACCAACAUUUACGACCGCCGUGAAUGGGCUGCUGCGUAUGCAAACGCUUCGAAGGAAGAGAAGGAUAGCGCUUCGCAGGGUGGUGUUCCUCGCAACCCUCAGCCGACGCGUGUGUUGGAUCAGCUUACCACCCCUGUCAGUCAUUUGGUCUUUGCUCCUGAUGGCCAGAUGCUGGUUAUGGCUAGUCGCUGGAAGCGUGAUGCGCUGAGACUUGUUCACCUCCCAUCUUGUACCGUGUACCGCAACUGGCCCACUUCCAACACUCCAUUGGGUCGUAUAUCCUCGGUGGCCAUCUCACCGAACUCCGAGCAACUGGCUGUCGGAAACGAGCAGGGCCGAAUCCGCCUGUGGGAGAUUAGAGGAUAG